AUGGCGGUCGUCUCCGAGCCUUCCAACCUCGAGAACGGUCACGACUCUGACGAGAAGCCUCAGCUCACCGUACAGGAUACCAACGGCUACAUUGCGGAUGCCAGCGCCGACAAUCGUGGCAACCUCAAGACGGCCAAGGACGGCCACACGGUGCUCAUCCCGCAGCCCUCAGACGACCCGAACGACCCGCUGAACUGGGGCACUGUCAAGAAACAUGUCGUUCUCCUCACCGUCAGUCUUGCGGCCUCCCUCCCCGACUUUGGAAGUGCUGUCGGCGCCGUGACGUUGCUUCCGCAGGCAGCGCAGUGGAACAUGAGCCCGGACACCGUCAACCACUCGCAGGCCGGCAACGUCUUUAUGCUCGGCGUCGGCGGCAUCGCCACCGUCAUCUUGUCCGCCUGGGCGGGCCGGCUCCCCGUGCUGUUCUGGUUUGUCGUCAUGGCGACUGCGACGGCAGCGUGGUGCGCCGCGGCGACAACGUUUGAGUCCUUCAUGGCCGCGCGCAUCCUCAACGGCUUCUUCGCCACGGUGGCCCAGGCGGGCGGCAUGAUGUUCAUCUUUGACAUGUUCUUCUUCCACGAGCGUGCCAGGAAGAUCAACAUCUGGGUCGCCUUUGUCAUCUUGUCUCCGUACCUGGGUCCGCUGAUCGCGGCUUUCAUCAUUUCAACUGAGCCCUGGCCGGUCGCGUUCUGGGUGUACUUUGCCAUAUGCGCCAUCGCCCUCAUCUCGACUGCCCUCUUCGUCUCCGAGACGUACUACGACCGCCGCAUCCCCAUCGCCGACCAACCCCCGCCCGCCUCGCGCAUCGCCCAGGUCGUCGGCAUCGCGCAGUACCGCACCCGGCACCAGCGCACCACCAUCACCGAGGCUCUCAAGCGCUCGGCCCUGACCAUCACCCGGCCCACCAUGAUCCUGUGCUGCCUGUACGCGAUGCUCACCUUCGCCUGGGUCAUCGGGAUCAACACCACGCUCUCCGUCUUCCUCACCCCGCUCUACGGCUUCGGUUUCCGGCAGAUCGGCUUCUUCUACUUCGCGCCCAUCGUAGCCGCGAUCCUGGGCGAGAUCGUGGGCCACUGGCUGCACGACGCGAUCGCGGGGUGGUACAUCAAGAAGCAUGAUGGGCACUUUGAGCCCGAGGUGCGUCUGAUGGCGGUCUUUUUCAGCACGCCAUUCAUGGUCGCGGGUCUCGUAGGGUUGGGGUUCGCACUGGAGGAGGGGUAUCACUACAUGGUCACCGCCGUGUGCUGGGGGCUGUACGUGUUUGGCAUCAUGAUCACGACGGUCGGGCUGAACGCGUAUAACCUUGACUGCUACCCGAAUGCUAGUGGCGAGGUGGCUGCGUGGCUGAACAUGUCCAGAGUUGGCGCCGGCUUCAUCAUCAGCUACUUCCAGAUCACCUGGGCCCAGGUGCAGGGCACCAAGAUCAGCUUCGGGAUCCAGGGCGCCAUCGUCGCCGCGUCCUUCCUCAUCAUCCUCGUCGUGCUCAUCUACGGCAAGCGCAUCAGACAGAAGGCCGGACCGCUCAAGUUCUCGACGGUCUAAGGGCAGAAGGAUGGCUUGUGUGCAUCUCUAACGGGGAAGUGUAUGCUUGGUGGAGCGGUUCCUAAGUACUUAGCUUUCCAAUGCCACAUGCGAAGCGGGAGAUCGCGGUUUUGAUUUGAACCCAGCGCAGUAAUCAGAGAGGGCCUCCAGCAAACAGCGUCAAGUAUCUGCCAGAGAGCUGUGGAUUCAGUCGUCUAUUAAGUAUUUUGGUUCGAUGGCAAAGCACUGGACAUAAUGUAUGUGCACAUGCAGCGUGGUCGGACGCCUUUCCUCCUAACGUGCACACCUGUUCGUGUUAAUGCUAAGAGAUGAGCA